GUUUGUGAUUAAAAAUGUGCCAUUAAUAGAAAAAAAACUUGAACUUUUUGAAAGUGAUAACUGAGAAAGAGUGCGUUUUUUUUUGUUUGUAAUUAAAUAAUGAAUUUAUAAAACUGGUGUAACAAAAUGUUAUCAUAUAUUUUACCAAUGGAUGAAAAACCACCCUUAUUGCCAAAUAAAGAUCAUUUACAAUUAAAUUUUGAAUCGAAACCACCCGAAUCACCAAAAUUAGUGACAACAAAUGGUAAUACAACAUCGUCUGAUAAUACACCGUUAAUAAAUAAUACAAAUAGCCAAAUUACAUCAACAAAUAAUAUAAAUAUAAAUAAUAAGAAACCAUUUAUUAGUAAUAUAACAUCGGUGAAUAAUUAUGUAAAAAGUGGUGCAAUUAAAUAUCAUUUGGCGCAAGGUAAUAUAUCGAAGGAGAGUAGUGUUAGUAGCUGUUUAAGUGAUGCAACUACCGCGAGUUCUAUGACGCCAACAAGUACAAUCAGUGACAAACCGAAAACGAAAAUAUUAGCGAAUGGAACUAAACAUACUUCACUUAAAAGAGUAUCAUUUGGAAGUUCAAAAGGUUCUAUGGUAGAAACACUCAUCUAUGAAAGCCCACUACAAGAGGAACCAGAAAACAGUCCAAUCGCAGAACGUCCUUGUCCUAGUUUCCCUAGUAACACACAGGAAUCAACCGAUUCAACCGAAUUAGAAAGAUCGAAAGUACGAGUUUCAUUUUUUCAACAAAGUCGACCUCAACAAAUUUCACCAAUCAAUUCAACAGAGAAUUUACUACAUUUGGAUAUUGAUAUGGCAUCUACAAUGACAGCGACACCACCAGGUCCAUUAUCUGCAACGGCCACAAUUACCGAUAUUAAUGGUCAUUUACAGUAUAAUCGACAGGAAAGUACUGACAGUGGUUGGGAUAACCCAUUUCGACCAGGCGGUGAAUUAAGUAGAGAAGCAGAAGAAAUAGUUGAAUUAAUAAAAGGUGGUAAACCAAUUACGCCCACGCCAGACAGUAGUGCACCACCGUUACCCUCUGCUGACGAAACAGAUAAUACAAUACACAGUGGCGGUACAAGUCCAACGGCAACACCUGCAAGUACAGUAGAUGCAACAUCUCCAUUAACACAAUCACCGAGAAAAACAACAAAUUUAAAUGCAUCACCCAACAAUAAAAGCGACGCAUCAGCAAAUGGAAAUGCCGGUGUAAAUAGUAAACAACCUGGUUCAGUUGAUAUUAAACGUGAUACAAUGAAUUCGCCGGGUGAAGCUGAACAUGUUGUUUUGAAAAAGAAGCCUAAAUGCAAGUGUUGUGUCAUACAGUAAUGCAGGACUUUCUGGAUGAAAACUUAGAAAAGGAUUGUUAUUUAAAGCAAAAAAGGAUAUCUUUAUUGAAUGUUUUUCAAUUGGUCCAAAAAAAAAAUAUAAAGAUAAUUUUAUUGAAUGACUGAGCCAUAUUAAAAAAAUUUUUCUACAAAUUCAAGAUUGUAAUGAUCGUUAGUAGUGGGUAGGGAUUAAAAUAAAACACAGAAAAUGAAAAAAAAAUGAAUUUAUAUACAGUGUGCCUCUGUCGAGGGAAAAGUGACCUAAUACCAAACUUUUUUUAUUUCUUUUCGAAAACAUACAUUGGUAGGCACAGAGAAUGAGAAUGUAUUAAAAUAUUCAACCUUUGUUAUUUCGUUAUUGAGGAUGUGUUUUUUUGGAAUUUUUUAAAAUUGAAUCUUGAUAAUAUAUCACAUAUAUUUGGACGAUUGGCGUUUUGUUGUCAUCAAAUUGAGCACAUAUCAUAUCUAAUAGUUUGUAAGAACUUUGCCAAAAGCUUUUUUUGUAGCCUGAGUGCGUAAAACUAAAAUUUAAUGAAAGAUCUAUCAAUGUGCGUUGAUAGCUCUUUCAUUUUUUGAUUGCCAUCGCUUAUUUGUAUCUGCAAGUGAAAAGAAAUUUAUACAUACUUUUUUUUUGUGAUUUUGUUCUAAACCAGACAAAAGGAUAUUUCUGGUUUAGAAGAAGAGUCAAAAAAAAAGUAUGGAGGUAUAAAUUUCUUCUGCACUUGCAGAUGCAAAUAAGCGAUACUCUAAUGGGAAACCUUUUCGGUAGUAAAUAAACAACAUAAAAGUGAGAAAGAUGACAGCAAAUAAAUUUUCGUUUUAACAAAACUUUUGAUAAUUAUUAUGUUUCUCCACUACCAAAGCCAAUUAUCACAAAUUGUUUUCAGUCGCUGUGAUAUUAUUUUAAUUUGGGAAUAGUCGUAUAGUUCAGUAUUUAAACUUUUUGAAAGGAAAAUUGAUUCAUUUAUUUUCAAUACAUUAUAUUUGAUAAAAUAAAUCAAACAAUUCGAUGUUUUAUAGAAAUACUCUUUCCGCAAAGGAAAUUCGUAUUUUUGAAUUUCUCUCGUUAAAUAUUCCAAAAUUAUUUUGUUCAAUUUUAAAACCAAGAUACUUUGACGAACAAAUGGGAAAUAAUUUCCAAGGUUGGUUUUCCUUUGAGUCAGGAAUAAAUAAGAUGAGAUGAUUUCCUAUGAAUUAGGAAGAAAUAAGUUAGGAAUAAAUGACACGUACCUAAAUUUUUUUCACAUACUUCUAAAGUCGUAAUAAAGCAAUAACCGUAAGUUUUAGGACCAUAGAAAAAGAUUUAUUUAAAAACUAGAAAAAUUUAAAAUCGUUCGUAUUAUCGCUUUAUUUUUUCGGUUGAAGCAAUAAGUGAAGAAAAUCGGGGAUAAAGGUUGAGUUGAAUUUAUGGUUUCUCAUUUUCUAGAUGAUCAGUGUAUAUUUGCAUGAUGAAUUAUUGUGAUAAUUUAAUUUUUAAUGAAUUAAAUA